AAGGAUGGAUGGCUGGCUGAAGAAGACAUGGAUGGAUGAAGGAUGGAUGGCUGGCUGAAGAAGACAUGGCUGGGUGGAUGAAGGAUGGACAGAGGGCCGGCCAGAAGAAGGAAGGACGAGCACCCCUCACCCCCCCACUCCCCCAGGCCCGGCCAGAUGACGGCUCCCCCCGUUCUCCUCCUCCUCCUCCUCAGCCACACAGACGAGUGGGGACCCCUGGGGACGUGGGGGUCACCCACGAGACCCCCGGAUGGGCUGCUCUACCCCUUCGGGCCGGAGGUUGGGGACGAGGCCACCCCCCAUGAAGACGACGGGAUGAGCCCCGAGAUCUUCCUCUGGGAGACCUUCUCCUUCUACGGACGUCCCCACCGCUCCCUCUAUGUCAACAACAAUGGGGUGGUGUCCUUUGGGACCGGGGUCCCCGAGUUCACCCCCGAGCCCUUCCCGUUGCCCGGCCACCGCCCCUUCGUGGCUCCGUACUGGGCCGACGUGGACACCAGACUGGGAGGUGACGUCUUCUACCGGCAGAGCCGGGAGCCGGAGCUGCUGGCCCGCCUGACCCGUGACCUGGCCACCGCCGCGACGCCCUCAGAGCCUCCCCCUCGACCCACCUGGGCUUUCGUGGCCACCUGGGAUCGCGUCUCCUACUUUGGGGCCGCCUCCAAGAAGGUCAACACCUUCCAGGCCGUGUUGGCCACCGACGGGGCCACCUCCUACGUCGUCCUCAACUACGGGGACAUCCAGUGGACCACGGGCAUCUCCAACCAGGGCGACGCCCACACGGGCCUGGGGGGGACCCCCGCCCAGGCCGGGUUCAACAGCGGGGACGACGUCCACUACUACAACAUCCCGGGCUCGCGCUCGCCGGCGGUGCUGACCAUCGGCCGCCGGAGCAACGUGGGGGUGCCGGGACGCUGGAUCUUCCGCGUGGACGAAUUCACGGCUACCGAGGUCCCCCCCGUCACCCCCUCGCCCCCCCCGGCCCAGGGCGGGACCACCAAGAAGAGGGUGUACAUCUGCGAGUGAAGGACACGUCACCCUGGGGGACGCGUCACCACGGGAACAGCAAUAAAGAGUCGCCCAGCAGCACGUGGCGGGGGUGUGUGUGUCACGCGUGUCCCCAGCCACACCGUGACACGGCCGGUGACACCCGGCACCCACACGGUGACGCAGCCGGUGACAACCGGCACCCGCAUUGUGAUACAGAUGGUGACACCCGGUGACACCCAGCACCCACACUGUGACACAGCCGGUGUCACCUGGCACCCACAUUGUGCUACAGCCGGUGACACCUGGUGACACCCGGUGACACCCGGUGACACCCGGCACCCACACAGUGACACAGCCUGUGUCACCCAGUGACACCCAGGACCCACAUUGUGACACAGCCGGUGACAACCAGCACCCACACCGUGACACAGCCGGUGUCACCUGUCACCUACGCCAUGAUACAGCUGGUGA